UCCGGACGGUGCGCGGCGGCCGGACCGGGCUGGCGGGCGGGUGGAGCCGGGCCCCCGGGGCUACUGCGGGGCGAUCGGGCCGGGCUGCGGACGGCGCCAUGGGCUCUCGGGUCCAGCCUUGCUGAGCCGUCCCCACACGAGACCUUCCUGCGGAGCCAGCCCCUGCCCCCACAAGCACUGACCAUGUCUAUUAUGGACCACAGCCCCACCACGGGAGUGGUCACGGUCAUCGUCAUCCUCAUCGCCAUCGCGGCCCUGGGGGCCUUGAUCUUGGGCUGCUGGUGCUACCUGCGACUCCAGCGCAUCAGCCAGUCGGAGGACGAGGAGAGCAUCGUAGGGGAUGGCGAGACCAAGGAGCCCUUCCUGCUGGUGCAGUAUUCGGCCAAGGGACCGUGCGUGGAGAGGAAGGCCAAGCUGACCCCCAACGGCCCUGAAGUCCACGGCUGAGCCGGGAUGCGGAGGCUCCUGGGCCCGUGUGUAGCCAGCCGGGAGAGGCGUGGGAGGGGCGAAACCACAGACAUGCCUCCGCCUAAGAGGAAGGGUUGAUACUUGCUGGCAUGGCCUCGCCAGGCUUCAUCAUCGCAUGCACUGACUCCCGGGGCCCCAGCGGUCCGGAUCUGGGGCUCGCUGGCCCUGGGCAACCCCUCGGCGUCCUGGUGGGACUGCCCAUUGCAGGCAGUGGGCAGACCUGACCUAGCCGGGGCUCUUGGCCCCGCAGCGCUUUUGUUACUUGAAUGUUUAGCUGAGCCUGUUUUUGAUGGAGCUACUACUACUGUAACGCGUGAACUCACAAGCCUGUGAACUGUAAAUAGGCCCCAGAAGCACGUGCUUAAGCCUCUUUUGCUGAUUUUUAAAAAUAUCGCGCAUAGAGCACAUGGGACUGUCCGAACUAAGGCUAAGCUGAGUCAAGAUAGUGGGGAAGGGUGACUUUAGAUGUGUGAGGCCCACAUGGCACUUGGCAGGGGCCUCUGAUACACGUGUGUGUGCGCAGAGGACGUGACAUGUCAGUGUUAAGCCUCGCAGCCGACCCUCCGGGGUGCCUUGGUGGUUUGCUUUAUGAGCGAUGAAUGGGAGCGGCGGCGCGACCCGCCCCCGUGCCCCGCCCCGCUAGCUCCUGGUAGAUGAGGUCGUUAAAUGUCUGUUCCCUGUUGCUGGUGGAGCGAUUGCAAGGAAGCUGCUGCGGCUGCUUGGGAGCCGGUGAAGGACGAGUCAGGGCACGAGUCCCGAGUCCCGAGGCUGCCAGGCGUCCCAGUGGCAGAGCAGUUUCUGGACACCCCCCCCCCCCCCCGCCGCGUGGUCUUGAGCAUGCUGGGCGCCCCGCCCCCCACCCGGCUUUAAAGAGCGCUGGCUUCGCUAGAAAACACCAGAGCUGCCGCCUUCACCUGGUAUCCGAAACCCUAGUGGCCCAGGAAGGGGAGACAAUGGCGGUUUUGGUUUGUUGUAUUUAAUGUUUUCUGCACUGGAGGAGGGCGGGGCUUAGUUGCCCUCGUUUCCCCCUCCUGCUCUUUUCACAGAUCUGCUUCCUUUCCUCUCAGAUUCCCAUACACCUGCUCGGUUUCACUGUCCUCAGAGGGCCACCGACAAGGGGGUCCCCUGACCUUGCUCUGAGAGUGCCCAGUGUCGUUUCUUGGGUGCCUGAGGAAGCAGGAGCCCCAAGCAGCCUGUACUUAAGCGGGUGGGUCCGGGGAGAAGGGGCUUAAGGUUCAGGACUUGGUUUUUGCAAAGAUGAGGAGCUGGAUGGCCAUCGACACCCCCCCACCCCUCCACGGUGUCCCUUGUGUGGACUUCAGUGAACUCGGGUUUUUAAUUACACCACUGUAAACAAUCCUAAACGAUUAUUAGAUGGUGAUUUGUGUCCACAUCCUCGGGAUAAACGAGGCCAGCCCUGGUGGAGCUGCAGAGCACUGGCCCGCAGCACUUGAGCCUCCCGCGGCAGCAGAGGUGGGGAGCACCUGGCUAACCCCAGGCUGCCCCCGCCCCGUCAGAGCUCCCCCGCAGAGCUCUGGCCUCCUGGGCAUGCUGAAGGCAGCUCCUCUGGCCCCAGCCAGAUCUCCCCUAAAAAAGUGAACUAAUCCAACUUUCUAGAACCCCUAGGAGAGAGCUUAGGGAACACUUCUUUUAGCAGUGUACCCCUCAAUUAAGGGUCCAACCUUAAAUGAUAGCUAGCAGGGAGGGGAGGGGUAGCUAGUUAAAAGACAAUCUGAGCUGAAGGCAGGAUUGAGACAGCACAGGAGGCUACUGAGGGAUCCUUAGAAGGUGGCCGGGCUUUAGAGCAGGGGAGAUGCUGCCUUUGGUCCCCACCUGGGGAUGGCCAAGUGUCAGACUGGAGACCAGCAGAGGCAGCUCACAGGGUGUGGGCUGGAGGGGGGUGUCAGAGGUUCUAAAGGGGUCAGUUGGAAGGUCAGGGAGGUGUGCUUUCUAAUGGAGGACAUAAAACUGGGGCAGGUGUGGGGGUGUCUGAUCCAUUCCCCUCGCGUUUCGGAGCUUCGGGCUUUCUACCUCUACUUUCUGCAGCUGGCGGUCAGCACCUGAGGCUGUCUGUCCUUCCCCCAAGUAACCGAAGCACUUGCCUUUUCAGUCCCUGAGCCUGACCCUGAAAACGACCACCGCCUGACUGUCCGGUUUGCCCUGAGCUUCUUACCAUGCCCGUGUGGUUUCAGUUUUGAGAAGAUGAAGCAUCACUUUCUCCUUAGUUUCACUCUUGGAGGGUCCUUAUCCCUUGACGUCUAUGCCUCUUGCACCAGGCGUAUCAGCAUGGUGUCAGUGCCGGGUCAGGGGCACAGUGGGGCACGAGCGGGGUCUCCGGGGGAAGUGGAAGGACCCAUAGGACUGGUGACCAACCACACAAUAGCUCUCACUGUUCUUCUUUGUCAAUAGCUACUUUUUUUAGCAUAGACACCAGAGCCACCACUCCAAUGGCUCAGUUAAGUUAUGACCUCUCAUUGAAUUCUUUCUGAAUAGCCCAACUGUUGCAUCCAAGUUUCCUGACUUGUCAGUCAGGACGUUAGCCUUUCAUCCUGCGUGUCAUGGCAGAGCAACAGGAGGGGGAUGGGGAGGGAACUCCGACACUGAGCCACUGAAACAGGGACUAACUUUUCUGACGAAUCUUCACAUGGACUGUGCUACUGUUUUUGUCUCAAAGCUACCAAAUUUGUGCAAUAAGUGGAGGGGAUGUCACCCCUGUUCAAUAAAAGCUGAAUGACAUUCAAGUUGAUUUUCUAGACCACUGAGAAAAUCUUUAUUUACAAUAAAUUUCAAUAAAAUUUGCAUAAAUAUAUUCCCAA